AUGUCAGAGCCACACCGGCAAAUCCCAGGCCAGCAAAAAAUGAGUCUAAUCAACCAAACUAUGGCUGCAGACUACAGCAGUCUGAUACUAGGCCUUGAAACCGUUAUAGCAAUGAUGCUAGUAGAAUACGACAGACAACACACUGGUCAGGUCACUCAAUUUGAGCAGGAUUACGAACGCUCUACGAUCGACACCGAGAAAAAUGAACAAAUGGUUCCCAUGACAGCAGAAGACAACCUCUGGAAUGACAGAAGCAAAAGAUUUGGGAAAGUGCUCUUCUUCUCCGAUACUGGAGCUCACAAAACCAUAAUUGAAGAAAACUAG